UGAGACUCAUUAAACAUCCUUUUUUUUUUUUUUGAAAACAUUCAUUAAACAUCCUUAAACGAACACUUCCAGAUCUUUCAAUUCUCUCUCUAAUUCCUUAUCCGAUCUUUUCCACUUUAUCUCUCUACCCUGCAAAAAGAAUGGGGAAGCAAAAGGUAGUGAUUGGCAUCUCUAUGAAGGACCAGAAAGCUCGUAGCAAGGCCUUCAAGAUCGCUGUCAGCCUCUCAGGAGUUGAUUCCGCAUCUAUUCAGGCGGAGAAGGGGCAGUUAGAGGUGGUGGGUGACGUGGACGCGGUGGCUCUGGCCAACCAGCUGAGGAAGAGUUUGGGGCAGGCGGAGCUUCUAAGUGUCGGCUCCGCUGAGAAAAAGGAGGAUAAAAAGGAAGAGAAAAAAGAUGAGACCCCAAAACCACAAACUGUGACAAUCACUUAUGAUCCUUCUUCGUAUCGUUAUGCAGCUCCUUACCAAUACCAUGCUUACCCAGUUCAAGACCAACAACCAGAGUGCUCUAUUAUGUAAACUUGAAUCAAUCAAUCAAUCCAAGUCAAAUCUAUGAAAUCCAUCACUCUCAUCAAAAUGGGUGUGCAUAUAUAUAUAAGGUGUUUGGAACAAUUUUUGGCCUUGCAAUAGGAUUAUGUUGAGGGUUGGUCUACAAUUUAGUGAUUAGAAAGUUGGGGAUUAAUGGCUAUUGCGUAUUUGGCUUAGUUAGCAGGAGGAGUUGUCUGCAUCCCUAUCUGCAAAUUCAAAUCAUUAAUUUCAUAUUCUAAUUCAUUAUUUGCAUCGUGUAAAGCAAUUUUUUGCAAAUUUAUGCCAUUAAUUUGGUCCACAAAUUAUAUGUAUAAGCAUGAAGUGGCGAUUUUA